CGGCGUCGCCAUUUGGUCGGCGCCGCAUCUGUUCGACUGCUGUGCACAAGCGGCAGCUCCUGUUGCACCGUGGCUGGACAGGGCCGAGCGCUUCAUAGCACUGGUGCACGUCGCGGAGUUGGCGCGCCUACCUGCAAGGAACGGUCGGCUUACUGAGCACAUUUAUACAGCCACCUCGACUUGCCUGACGCGACGCUCAGUCGAAAGCAGCAUCUGUGACGCCGCUUGAACGCUUGCACGAUCAACCACAGCGCCGACGAUAGGGCUGCGGGGCGUCACGUGAGUAUUGUUUUAUUUCAGCUGGUAAAGCACAAUGACGGCGCGUAGACGCGCUGGCCCGCUCGUGCAAGGCGGAGGAGGGGUGGCGGGCGCAGCGGCGGCAGUAGCGGCAGUAGCAGCAGCACCGGCGCGAGUCAGCGGCGGCGGCCGUCGGCGACUGGCAUCUGUGGUUGCGGCGGCGGCGGUGCUGGCGGCGGCGGGCUGUGUGCUGGUGCUGCUGAGUGCGCCGCCCACACACGGCUUCGUGCCCAUCGACCUCAGUAACUUCCAGUCCGAGUACGCGUGUGACAACAGCACGGUGCGCAUCGUAAGGCCCCGCACAGUAGCGGACGUCAGUGCGGCGGUGUUGGCGCACGAGAGGGUCAUGGCUGUGGGCGGCGGCUGGGGCUGGAACCCGCGCUUCUUCUGCGCCAGCAACGGCACCGCGCCGCCUUCCGGAGACGGCUACAACGCCUCGAGCGCCGCCUCGUCCUCGCCAACAGCUACACCCCUCGCGGGCGGUGUGGCAAACAUUGUUAUGGAGACGGUGCGGCCACUCAUAAUCCAGGUCGACGAGACAGACGAGACGGUUUUGGUGGACGCGGGCGUGCGCACCAUCGACCUCCUCCGCUUCCUCGCCGCCUACGUCACCCCCACCGCCCCCUCCGGCUGGACGCUGCCCGCCUUCCCCUGGUUCGUGUUCCAGACGCUGGGCGGCGCGGUGUCCACCGGCACCCACGGCAGCAGCCUGGAGCACAAGUCCCUCAGCAGCCAGGCUGUGGCCUUCCACGUGGUGUUGGCCAACGGCUCCCAUGUGGAGCUCAGCGACGCCUCCCACCCCUUCCUCAUGCGCGCCUUCCGCGUCAGCGUGGGCAAGCUGGGGGUCAUCACACACAUCCGCUUCCGCAUCAUUCGCGAGAUGCCCGUCACGCGCACGCUGCACUCCCUGCCCGCCUCCGCCUUCCUCACGCUCCUGGCCCAGGCCCAGGCCGCGUGGAACGCAGCCGCCAACACCACCACCACCACCGCCAACAGCACCAACAGCACCAUAGACGUGGGGCUGGCGGGCUGGCUGCGCGGCCACGACGACAGCGAGUGGUUCUGGGUGCCGCAGCGACACGAGUUCCUGGCGGUCACCUACACACGCGGCGAUGUGGCGAACGCGACGGAGCGACUGAAGGUGCUGUCCGCCUACGCCCGCGGCGGCGGCGCGGACGCCACCACUGCCUACAACACCUCUCUGGCGCUGUUGGAGGCGGCGGCGGCGGAGCGGGCGGCGGGCAAGGGUCCCGCGUUCAGCAUUGACGACUUCCCGCUGCUGUCCAACGUCACCUUCGACCCCGCGGCCGGCAACCUCUCCUCCGCCGCGCUGCCGGUUCUCCAAAAGCUGAAUGACACAGUCAUCAACGCGCCCUGGCAGCAGCUGGCGGCCGCCGCCGCCGCCACCAGCUCAGGCGGCAGCGCUGCCGCCGCCUCGGCCCUUGGGCUGCCGACAGCCCCCGCCGCCAACGCCAACGCUAACGCUAAAGCCUCUGGUGGCGCGCCGUCGGUCACGGCGCAGGCCGGGCCGGUCGACAGCGGCGGCUCAGGUGCUGGAAGCAGCAAGCAGGAGCAGACCGUGUCUUUGUUCAGUGCGACUGGGGACGCGCAGGACGUAUUGCCGCGGCCACUGCGCAGGGCCGGCAGGAUUGCGGCUCUGGGCAGCGGCAACACCACCAGAAGCAGUGGUGCGGCUGCGGCUGCAGCUGCCGCCAGCAGCAAUGCGACCGCGCCGGUGGCGGCCCUGGUGGCGGCGGCGGUGGCGGCGGAUGGCGAGGGAGCGGUGUACGGCUCGGGCUGGGCGAUCCCCCAGCGCAGCCCUCCCACCGUGUUUUACGGACUGACGGGCAUGGCGGACGCCUAUAUCGACAUCAGCCGCAGCGGCGUCUACUCCAUCGCCGCCAACGGCACGCGGGAGGCGCUGUCCAGCUACCUGUACCAGCCAGAGGCCAUUUUGGACGUCAACAUUCGCCGAGUCAACUUCGACCAGUAUGAAGUGGCCAUCCCCAUCACCUCUGUGGGCGACUGCUGGUCUGGUCUGUUGGAUCUGCUGUAUGGACCAGACAACAUUGACGGCGAUAACCCGAAGUACAACGGCACGGCGUCCGUACACAGCUUGCCCGCCCGACUGAACGCGUCGGCGGCUGCCGGAAAUGCAAGCGCCAGCGCCGCCUCGUUCUUUGCUGCGAACGGCCGGCCCGACUACGGCUUCCGCUCCAACCCCCUCAUCCGCAUGACUGGCGUGGAGGCCGCCCUGCUGAGCAACACGUACGACGUCCCACACUUCUGGCUCAACAUCGAGGACUACCUGUACUACAACAGGCUGGGCCGGCGCUCCAACGCCGUGUUCAAGGCGGUGAUGGGCUUCCUGCGCUCGGACCCGCGCUGCGGCAGCGGCGGACUCAGCGGCGGCGGCGCCCGACUGCACUGGGGCAAGGCAGGCUGGCCCGACACGGGAUGCUGGCACGGCGACCGCGAGUUCCCCGGAACCUGGUGCGAUUUCGGCUGCGCCGUACGAGAGCUGGAUCCAGCAGGGCGCUUCACGGAUUCCACCGGUGGAUCCGGAACCAACGGCACGCUGUGGAACUGGCGCGGCGUGGAUCUGGGUCGCUGCUGUGUGCCGGGCGUGGGCUUCAACAAGAGCAUGCCGGGCUGUGCGUGCCGUGUCACGCACGCACGUGGCGCCGCCACCUGCCCCCCGCCGCCGUACUACACCUACCGCUAAGUCGUGCUGCUGCAUGGGUGGAGGCAAAGCGCUGAGGCCGUGCCUUUCAGGCGGCCGACACUGUUGGAAAAGGGGCAAACAGCCACAAUGCCUGUGUGUUCUAUUAUGUAAACUUUAUGACAAAGAAGUUGUUGCGUGAGCGGAGGCAGAUCAUCAACCGUUGCUUGUUGGAUGUGCAGGGGCUUGCUGUUUAUCAUGCCAAGCUGCUGCUUAUGUCUCCGGUGUGUUGGACGUGUGUAAGGUGGGGGCAGCGGCUGCAGGAAUAGAGCAGGCAUUGUUCUUGGACGGGCAGGGGUGCGGCGGCUGGGCGGAAGCGGCUUCCGAGGAGAAGGCGGCCACACCGCACACGUGUUAUCGAAGAUGCUUGAUGGAAACGAAAUGCGCACGAUGCGAGAGGAGGUUGUCGGAGUUGACAGCAGGCACAUAUUACCUCCAUCCCCGGAUUCCCCCGUGGGAUUCCCCGCAUAUUCAAAUUUCAUCAGCUGUGCCGUAGGUCGGAUUCCAUACAGGUUGAUCCCCAUAUGUGCGCUGUGAAUUGGCAAUGCUGCGUUCACGACUAUGAAGCAUCUGAACGGAGGCAAGUUGCAAGAAUACACUUGGGGAAGAUGCUCAAGUGCGUCGCGCAAGGUGGCGUCUCAUGCAGAGGGGCUGCCAGGGAAGCGGAGGUCGUGAGCGUGUGUCAAAGCUGUAGCUGCGGCAUUUGUGAAGGCUUUUGAAAUUUGGUCACUACAGGAUGGCUGUUUGGCAACGAUGGAUAGUUGUAAUUGCACGUUUGCAAGCACAUCCCCGCCACGCGCAUCGACGCGGAAGCAUGUCGCACUGCUAGCGGGGUUUUGCUGUAUGCCUAUCUGGCGCGCACACAAUGCCCCCUCGCCAGUGUGUAAACCACAAACGGC